UUUUUUUUUUUUUUUAAUGUUCGUGAUAAACUAAACUCGGGCAGGUGGUGAUAUUCGCGCGCGGUUUUGUCCGAUGCGCGUUUAACCGCUCGCGAUUUCUAACCGCGGAAUGUGUGUGUUUUUUUCUAUACUUAUCCUUAUACCGGUAUGGCACUCGGUUUGUGGUCAAGCUGCUGUAAAUUUUUCCGUGGCAGCCCUCAAUUACGAUGCUCCCGAGGACUGUGCUUGGCGUGUUCGGGCCGACAACCCAUCCGGCGACGAAGUGGUGCUGGCUUGCACACUUCGAACUAUAAACAGUGAAAUGGAUAUGACUAACUUUUCAGCUAUACCAUCCGAGCACACUGUUUCGCUAUUAAUAUCAUGCGAUCCUACUGUGGCGGCCCGAAGUUCACUCGAGAACCAGAGUUUUGCCCAUCUAGUGCGCUUAAAGGAACUCGAGCUCGACUCUUGUAAGCUGUCUCGAUGGCCAGCCGGCACGCUUACAGGGCUCGACGACCUACGGAAUCUGACCGUUAGAACAGGUGUAUCUGACUGGCCAGACGUCGAUAUGAUCGUGGAAAUAGUAGCCGGUAGCUUCACGCAUGUACGACGACUGGAGCGACUCGAUUUAAGCACGAAUAAUCUCAUGGCUGUUCCUGAAAACACAUUUUGCCAGCUACCAAAUUUAGUACAUCUAAACUUGAGUCGAAACCGUAUUCGAGACGUCAGUGAUUUGGGCUUUAAAGAACGCACGCCGGCACCUCCUCAGCCACUGAUCAGUAGUCACGACGAUGUGUACAAUAUGGAUCAGUAUCAGAAAAAAACGCAUACGGGUCCUUGUGUUUUAGACGUGCAGUCAGUAGAUUUAUCGUGGAACCGAUUUUUUAGUGUGCCAACAAAUGGCUUUAGCUCUUUACGGCGCCUCGCGGAGUUACGACUAGCCGGUAACGAAAUAUCGGAAGUAGCUGAUCGCCCUCUAGGAGGACUUGGAAAUCUUGAAAUACUAGAUUUGUCGUGUAACCAUAUUUCGUCGCUUCCAGUCAACAUGUUCAAAGACGUAGCAGAGACGAUAAAACAAAUCUAUCUGCAAAACAACAGUAUCGAUACUCUGUCACCUGGGUUGUUCAUUAAUUUAUAUCAGCUCACGUCGUUGGACUUGUCUUAUAAUCAAUUGACCAGUGCAUGGAUUGAUGCUAGUACUUUUACUGGGCUCAUUCGGUUGGUUACUUUGAACCUGUCUAACAACAAAAUAGUAAAACUAGAUCCGACCAUGUUCCACGAUUUGUAUACGCUACAAAUAUUAAAUUUGGCUGGUAAUUUGAUCGAAAUCAUACCCGACGACGCGUUCAUACCGCUGAGGAACCUCGACACGUUGAUACUCUCGAGUAACAAAAUCGUUGAGGUUAGCCCGUUAGCAUUGAACGGAUUGUAUGCACUUACAUUAUUGUCGUUAGACGGCAACAGACUGGCCGACGUUCAUGAAGAUAGCUUCAGAAAUUGUACAACCCUGCAGGAUAUUAACCUCAGUGGUAAUUUACUGAAGUACGUGCCCGCCGCUUUGAGAGAAAUGAGACUAUUAAAAACCGUAGAUUUGGGUGAAAAUAAAAUUAGUACAAUUAAUCCUGAUUCCUUUUUUGGCAUGUCUAAUUUGUACGGCUUAAGACUGAUCGGAAACCGAGUAAGGAAUUUGACAUCGAUUGCGUUUGGGAAUUUACAGUCACUACAGAUUCUUAAUUUAGCAAAUAAUCAAAUAGAUUACAUCGACAAAUUAGCAUUUAAAAACAUCCCCAAGAUUCAAGCAAUUAGGCUAGACGGUAAUCACUUGUCGAACAUUGAUAACUUGUUCCGUGAUGUAUCCAGUCUUUUAUGGUUGAACGUAUCUGCCAACGUAUUAACCGAUUUCGAUUAUGCUAUGCUGCCCACGCAAUUGGAAUGGUUAGAUUUACAUCAAAACUAUUUAACCGAAUUAUCUAAUAGAAAUGGCGCGAAAAAUCAAAUACGUACGCUGGAUGUCCGAUACAAUCAUUUAACGUACAUAGGACCAUUUUCCAUACCUGAUAGUGUGGAAAUACUGUUGAUGAACGAUAAUCGUAUAAUGACAGUGGAGCCUAACACGUUUUCGAAAAAAGCUAAUAUCACUAGAGUUGACAUGUACGCUAAUCAAAUCGCUCAACUAGAUAUAAACGCAAUACGUCUACCACCCGUACCGGCCGACCGCCCUUUGCCAGAGUUUUACAUCGGCGGUAAUCCUUUCCAAUGUGACUGUAAAAUGGAAUGGUUGCAGCGCAUAAAUCUGCUAGCUAGUCUCCGUCAAUAUCCACUUGUUAUGGACACUGCGGCUAUUUACUGUAAGCUGUUGUACAACCGCGAAAACAAAUAUAUACCCCUAGCUGAAAUCAGUCCGUCACAAUUUGUUUGUACAUACAAGACCCAUUGUUUUACUGUGUGCCAGUGUUGUGAAUUCGACGCUUGCGAUUGUGAAAUGACGUGUCCGGCAAAUUGUACGUGUUAUCACGAUCAGCCAUGGUCAUCUAAUAUUGUAGAUUGUUACUCGUCAAAUUACACACAACUACCCGCUAAAAUACCAAUGGACGCUACUGAAGUUUAUCUUGACGGUAAUUUAUUCUCUCAUUUGUCUAGCCAUGCUCUCCUGGGCCGUAAAAAUCUGCGCAUACUUUUUGCCAACAAUUCGGGUAUUCAAUCAAUACGAAAUGACACUUUUACUGGGCUCAAACGGCUAGUUGUUUUACAUCUUGAAAAUAAUGAAAUCACGCGGUUUGAUGGGUCAGAGUUCAACACAGUAGAAAACCUUAAAGAACUUUACCUGCAAUAUAAUUUGAUUAGCCACGUGAACAACAUGACGUUUGAACCGCUGAAAAGCUUGCGGGUACUUCGAUUGGACCACAAUCAGCUGUAUGACUAUGAUACGUGGAUACUAUCGGUGAACGUACAAUUAGUUGAAUUACACUUGUCCGAAAAUCCUUGGUCUUGCGAAUGCGAAUUUGUUCAGUCUUUCCGCCGAUUUAUGAUCGAACCAAACGAUAGAGUAAUUGAUUCGAUGGCAGUUUCGUGUCGUCCGGAAGGAAGUCGGGACGUACUGAUCAUCAGCAAGCAAAACGCUACCGAGUGCAGGUCGUUUUUUGGCUCCAUAGUCGAGAACCACAUCGUUCGAGACGUUUUACCCACUGCACUAACGGUCGUGUGUUUAUUAUUAGCCCUAGUGUUGGUACUAUAUUUGAUUGUGAUUUACCGAGACGAAUGUCGUGCUUGGGUAUACUACAAAUGCGGUUUCCGCAUAUGUCACAAAACCUUGCCGUUUGAAGACGACCGAAUGUUUGACGCGUACGUAGCCUACAGUCUUAAAGACGAUGGUUUCGUUGUUCAAAUGUUGGCUCCCGGUCUAGAGCAGGGUGCUCCUAGGUACAGGGUGGGUCUCCAUUAUCGAGAUUUUAAUGUUAGCUCUUUUGUAGCCGACACCAUUGUAGAAGCAAUAGAAUCGUCGAAACGAACUGUUCUGAUCGUUUCAAAAAAUUUCAUCGAAUCGGAGUGGUGUCGUUUUGAGUUUAAGUCGGCGCUACACGAAGGCCUAAAGGACAAAAAUCGUCGGUUGAUUGUUGUGACGCUAGGGGAAAUUCAACCCCGAGACGUAGAUCCCGAACUCAGAGUGUACAUUAAAAACGCGGUAUGCGUUAACUGGGGCGAUCGCAUGUUUUGGGAAAAAUUAAAGUACGCCAUGCCCGACGUGAAUAAGUCAUGUCAAAGUUUAAUAGCACGAUCGAGGAAUGGUGCCAACAUAUACGCCACACCUAUGAGGAUGCCACCUUACCCGUACGCCAGCCAGCCACAGAGAACGUCCUCCGUGCAGUCCGGAAAAUAUUAUCUGACGCCGGCUUAUGUAGACUCAUCACAACAUCUCUGGGCGUAGCGCCACGUGUCAACAACACUAAGUGUUGUGACCAGGACGGCGGAACGCUCAAAACCAACAAUUCGAUCUUCAACGAGAUCGUUCUAAACCAUCGACACACGUUUCCUAAUGUUGCAAUGUGCUUACUACUUAACCACUUUACUUUUUGACCGAUUUUCAUUUUUUUUUUGUUCAAUUGUGAAUUUUACACAUUAAUCUCCAAGACUGUAUCACACGAAAAAUACUCGAACUUUAAUCAUAACUUUCCGCUGGCCGCCUCGCAGGUAUUUGAUAAUAACACCAUCCAGCUAAAAGUCCGGCGAACCGUCAAAACCACUCUUUCAUAAUAAAUAUAAUAUAUAAUGUAAUAAACCACGUUCAUUAAUCACUCACACGCUCAUCCACUCUCUUCGUCAGUGUUUUCCAAGCAGAGUUUGUCUGCGUUGGCGUCGUGUCGGCACAAUAGAGCUCUGUGCCGAAACACUAACGUCUACUAUUCUUCGAUGAUUUUUGUCACCCCGAAUACUAAAUCGCAGGCAUUAGUAAUUUUCUAACGCGCUAGCAAAUUACACUUGGGCAACGGCUUUGAAAGCCAAGGAGUUUUGAUCAAAAGAGACAAUGAUGACCAGGCCGCAUUGUUCAGCUCGAGACAUUCAUUAUGAACAAUACUCUGUCGACUUAUAGCGUUAAUCUUGCUGACACGAUGCGGCGCUUCCUAUAAAAAUAUUUAUACGUUA